AUGCUGGACGAGCUGGACACCGUCUUUGACGAUCAUCCAUCACUGGAUGCCUCGCUCGAGGACUUCGAGAACACUAGCAACCCACAUCGUUCACCUGUCUUUGGUCUUCCAUCACAACACUCAGGCUUUAGGUCGGAGGAAUCGGAUAUCGAAGAUGAAGAUGCAACACCAGUCGGCGAGCGCUGGUCACCUCCCGGCUUUCGAAGGUAUGAUAUUGUUCCCGGUAGCGGGUGGUAUCGACACCAGCCCUACCCGCGCAAGGUCGACCACGAACGAUUCGGGCUAAAACCGACCGUGGGGCUCAGCCCAUCGCAGUCGCGUGAACCCAGUCCACAAUAUGAAGAUGCGCCUGAGGCCCCUAUGGGAGGGCAUCGCGGCCACUCCACCGAAACAGGGGAUGUCACUGUCGCCGCCAAUGUACCUUUGCCGUCAGAGGCAGAUUCACCAUUGAAGGGCCGAUCGCCCAGUCCAGUCCGAGUGCCUGUACGGCCUAACUCUGAUGAUGAGCCACUGGAAUUCAAGCCCGAAAGUAACAUAAGCAAUUAUAUCAGAUUCGCUGUGCGUGCAGAAGUUCAACAUCGAGAACCUUUCGUCGCAUUCUUUACUUACCUGCGGUCCAAGGUCGAUCGCAUCACUAGCUCGAAAUCCAACACAACCCUGACCGUCUUAAUUGCGCUGGUGUCCAUCGCAUUCAUGCGCGCCAUGUUCAUGCCCAGUAUUCCAUCGGCGAUUCCAGACCUUGUGAAACUCUCGAGCUUUGCGCGCUCAUUCGAACCACUUAUUCAUUAUUCUGAGAAUGGCGUACAGCAGAUUGGAACCUUACAAGAGACUGGUGUGGCCGUCUGGGAUCUUAGCGAGUCGGUGCGCGGGACCAAUAUGACCAGCGCACCCAUCAUAGUGCGACAACUUGACGAACUGUCCGAGUCACUUAAGUCGCUCUCCCUAGAGCUGACGCGCUUCUUCGCCAAUGUUGAUGCAGAUGUCGAUUCGAUCCUCCUAGUCAUGGAUUGGGCCAAACGUGAAUUGGAGACCUUGUCGUCGCAGCCGCCCAGUAGCUUACCAUCCAUUAUGUUCGAUAAUAUGCAAGACCUCCUGUCACGGCUCGGUACCCUCGAGCAUGUCACAGGCGCAAGUGGUGAUUCCAGCAGCACCGAGCUCACCUCAACUACUCCCACGACGUUUGGGACGAUUGUGACGGCCAUAUUCGGCCAGACGUCGGCCCAGCGCACUCGCGCGACCCUAACGCGGACUUUCACUGAGUUCCUUUCCGUUCUAGAAGAGUCCAUCGAAGGCGAGCUCACACAUUCGACGGCCCUAUUCGCGCUAUUUGAGUCCAUCGACCGCCAGUUCCUUAAUCUCCAGCGCACGGUCGUUCGUGAAUCCGAUGCGCAGGAGCGUGCCGAGGGCGAAAUGCUCAGCUCCCUUUGGACUCGCGUGCUUGGUCCUGACGCUGUAGUCGUGCGCAAAUAUGAAAGGAACAAGCGCCUGUUAGCAAACGUCCGCAGCCGAACUGUCGCAAACAAGCAUCUCCUCAUGGACCACCGUGGCCGUCUCCUCACUCUCAAAGUGAAUCUCGAGACAUUACGGCGCAAACUCGUCAGCCCGCUCGUCCGGCGCAAUGAUUCUGUGAGCUUCGCCGGCUCCAUUGACUCUGGGAGCAACGGCCGAACACUUGGCCCGGUUGAAGCAGUGAUAGAGGGCCAAAUACGUGGUCUGGAAGGGACAUAUGACUACCUCCGCUCCGUGCGGGAAAAGCAAAAGGCAAAACUCAUGGAGAUGGUGUAUGGUGCAGGUCGCAAACUUCCACCCGCUGAUGCCUCCGAUGAUGCAGAUACGAUAGAUGGUGCAUGA